UCUAGGGGCCUCUUCUCAAAAACCAAAAAGAAAAACAAAAAACCCUCCCCUGUAAAAUGACAUGAAUACCCUCAUAAACAAAAAGAAAGUUCCAAUCAAUCUCUCUGUUUGUGCUGUCACUCUCUAGACUCUACGACGGCUUUCUUCAUUCCGCCGUCAAGCGAAGGCGGUCCGCGGUCCUCUACUCUGUACGGAUGACUCGCCAAACACCACGUGCCCCCCUUCAGUCAUAGGUUUUUCUUGUUUGUCUGAAUGUGAAAUUUUUGUUUAUCAAUAUUGCCUGGUUGGUUCUUUUGACAGAUUAUACCAAAAAAUUCCUGAAGGGACAGGGAACUUGUCAGAGUUAUGUGUUUGUUUGGUAUUCUUAAUCGAUUUCAGUAGCAACAGUCGAAAGCGGAUAAAGCAGAAGCAGAUUUACUAAAAGAAGCUACGGAUGCAUCUCAAGUUUCUUUGAGGUCUAAAGUUGAGAAGAUGUAAGAUGAUUCUACGCUCAGCAAAUACAGUUCUGAUGAGGAAGAUUUCACUGAUGGAAAGUGAAAGUUAGAGCUUGCUUGGCUCACAAAAGCCCUUGAACCACUUUUCAACCCAAAAAAAAAAAAAAAUCAACUAGAGCAUUGUCUAUGAAGUACAUGAAAUCCAUUACUAACUUUAACCACUUUUCAGUUCCAAAACCACUCCAACACAUACUCACUCGGAAACAAUCUAUACUUGAUCAGAUAAAGACAUGUUCCAACCUAAAGAACCUGGGAUCUGUGUUUGCCUCUAUGAUCAAAACCAAUGCAAACCAGGAUUGUUUUUUAGUGAACCAAUUUAUUAGCGCUUGCUCCAACCUUUUGCAAAUAGAUUACGCAACUUUAGCAUUUACCCACAUGGAAAGUCCCAAUGUUUUUGUCUACAAUGCAAUGAUAAGGGGCUUUGCUCAUUGUUUUCACCCAACUCAAGCUUUGGAAUGUUACAUACAUAUGUUGAGAGCUGAAGUUAUGCCAACAAGUUAUACAUUUUCAUCGUUGAUUAAGGCUUGUGCUCCGCUUUCAGCUUUGGGUUUUGGUGAAGCUGUACACUGUCACAUUUGGAGAAAUGGGUUUGAUUCACAUUUGUUUGUUCAAACUGCUUUGAUUGAUCUCUAUUCGAAUUUUGGCAAAAUUGGUAGAUCAAGAAGGGUGUUUGAUGAAAUGCCUGACAGAGAUGUUUAUGCAUGGACUACGAUAGUUUCUGCUUAUGUCCGUACUGGGGAUUUGAGUUCUGCGAAGGACUUGUUUGAGGAGAUGCCUGAGAGGAAUACUGCUACAUGGAACACUAUGAUUGAUGGAUAUGCAAGAGUGGGGAAUUUCGAUUCUGCGGAGUUGUUAUUCAAUCAGAUGUCUGUAAGGGAUAUAAUCUCAUGGACAACCAUGAUCACUUGCUAUUCUCAACACCAGAAAUUUAGAGAAGCAUUAGCAAUAUUUAACGAAAUGACGAGUAAUGGGAUCCAUCCCGAUGAAGUGACCAUGGCAACUGUUAUAUCAGCUUGUGCCCAUCUUGGAGCUCUUGAUUUAGGAAAGGAAAUUCAUCUUUAUAUAUUGCAGAAUGGAUUUGAUGUUGAUGUUUAUAUUGGGUCUGCGCUUAUUGAUAUGUAUGCCAAGUGUGGGAGCUUAGAUAGGUCACUUUCAGUGUUCUUCAAGUUGUGGGAGAAAAACUUGUUUUGUUGGAAUUCAGUUAUAGACGGGCUUGCAGUUCAUGGGUAUGCAGAUGAAGCGCUAAAGAUGUUUAGGGGAAUGGAGAGGGAGAAGAUCAAACCUAAUGGAAUUACUUUUAUUAGUGUUCUAAGUGCCUGCACUCAUGCAGGACUUGUUGAAGAAGGCCGAAGGAUGUUUUUGAGCAUGACAGAUGAUUACUCAAUCCUUCCUGAAGUUGGACACUAUGGAUGUAUGGUUGAUCUAUUGAGCAAAGCAGGCUUGCUUGAAGAUGCACUAGAGUUGAUAAGAAGCAUGAAAGUUGAACCAAACAACAUUAUAUGGGGGGCCUUGUUAGGUGGGUGCAAGCUCCACAGAAACUUGGAGAUUGCUCAAGUUGCUGUUAAGGAACUGAUGGCUUUGGAGCCAAACAACAGUGGCCAUUACAAUCUUCUGGUUAACAUGUAUGCUGAAGUGAAUAGAUGGGGUGAGGUUGGAAAAAUCCGGGCAGCCAUGAAGAAUAUAGGAGUGGAAAAGACAUGUCCUGGAUCCAGUUGGAUUGAAAUGGAAAGGAAGAUUCAUCAGUUUGCAGCAUCUGAUAAAUCUCACCCAGCUUCUAGUGAAAUUUACCUAUUGCUGGCUGAAUUAGAUGGGCAACUGAAGCUAGCUGGCUGUGUACCUGAACUAAUUUGGAGUGAUUUAGCGUGAGCUGCCUACACCUUUUGGGGCAUAUGUAACAUAUUAUUCUUUGGGGUUCUUUACAUAGUCAUCCCCGCUCAAUUUGUUGGUAAGAAUUGACCAUAAUCAUUGGAAAAUAUAAAAAGAAGCCGAA